GCAGGCUUGCAGUAGCAGUCAGUGGCCACUCCUCAACAGUCAUCGCCGGCGGCGGCGGAGCGGAGAUAGAUGGAGCGAGACAGGCGGACGGCAAUGGAGGCGCUCGCGGAGCUGGAGCGCGUUCAAGUCCGGAUCCUUGAACGCACAUCGAGCCUCGAGCUCUCUUACCUCUCCGACAAUCUCUCCUCCUCGCUGUCCGUCUCAUCCCCUCCCGCCGCGAACUGCGGCGCGACAGCUGAAGUCUCUGAAACGGAAGCUCGGCUCUCCGCUAUUCUCAAGAGCAGCGGCGUCAGAGACUUCUGCUUCAAGAGAGUGCCGGGCGAUUACUACGACCGGACUUUUGAAGAACGCCGCGACUUGCUCGGGGCGCAUUCCAUCGAUCAUCUCUGCAAGAGCAUCGUCAUGGUCAAUACACAAGCCCCAGCUAAUAUAACUGAUUGUAGUGAUCGUAACAAUUCGAAGUACUAUGUUGUCGUUGUUCAGUACACUGCUCGACUUAAUGCCGAAUCACUGAAGAACUAUCUAUACUUGCUGAACGGCGGCAAGGUUCCCAAAAAGAAGUUCAAUAUGAGGCUUGCUCCUGAGGAGACUUCGCAAAUGUUAACUGGUUUUGAGCACAAUGCAGUGACAUGCAUAGGAAUGAAGACUGAGAUUCCCGUGAUUUUAGAUGAAGCAAUUGUGAAGCUCUAUCCGGACUUCUUCUGGCUUGGUGGUGGGGAGGUUGAUCUGAAGUUUGGAAUCAGGACCUCUGAGUUUAUCGACUUUGCCAGACCAUUCAUUGUUAGUUGCAGUAAUUGAUUCUUCUUCUGAUGAAGCAGAACCUCUGCUAUAUCUGAAUCCCAUAUCAGAAGUUUAUGGAAGAAAUGCCCCAUCAUUGUUAGCUUCUUGAGUUUUCUCCAACAUUUUGAGGACACAGAUCAGAUUAGAUCAUGCUCGAACAACCUGAGACUGAUUGAACAGUUCUUUGUAAGCUAUUUAUGGUCGAGCCAAGUACAGAAUACGAGAUAAAUUUGUAUGUCUCGUUGUGCUGCUGAAGAGAAAGCUAUAUACAUAUAGAUUUGAACUCGGAAGAUGUUAUAUC